CGACGUCGUCGACGCCUUGUGUGUGAAUGAGGGUGAAAGCAGAGGUGAAAGUGUGAUUAUGAGAAGUUAUUGUUAUUGAAAGUCAUGGCGAAAUCUGUCAGUCAGCUUUUGCGGGAAGCUGUUGCAGCAUUGGAACGUGAGGAGAACAACACAAACAGUGUCCAGCAAGUGUCAAACCCUCGGCCCUCUGCAGUUCCUCAGCCUCAGCCAGAGUCGCGGGCAUCUUCAGUUGCCAGAGAAACUGUUCAGCGUGAGGUAUCAAGACUUUUUUCUCCAUACCCGCAGAGCAGUUCUUUGUCCUCUGGAAUGCGCAGACGACAGGCUUUAAUAAAGCCAUACACCAAAAAGACUUACACUCACAAAUUUUUCUGUUUGAGUGGACGACGUGAUUGCAAAGUACCACAGCUGUGGGAAAAGAUGGAUCUCGAAUGUUCAGGGUUGGGAGAAAAAAAGAUAGUUUUCCCAGAUAAGCACUGCACAUCUGAAGAAUUCAAGUCCACAUUGCUUAUGGAGUUUCCAAAACUGAAAGAUGGUGGGGGGUUUGAAUUGUUCAGACCAUAUGGUGCUACAAGGACAAAAACUUUGCAAGUCGUCCCCUGUCCAUCAGAAGGGUAUACACCGCAUUAUCUUCAAGACACUAUUGGUAUACAUGCAGCAAUUGUGUAUGUAAGGCCUCUUCAGAAAGACCUUGACAUGGAAUCGUGUGAACCUAAAUGUGGUUCUGGGCCCCCUGUACAGUGCAUUUACUGUGAAGAAACAUUUAGUCAUGCUGAAAUCCAAGACCAUGUGGACAAAUGUAUCUUACUGGAGAACUGAGACUGAUUUGAACCGUGCUGCUUACAUAUUUAGACGUUUUGUACUGCAAGAAGUGGAGGAUCAGCCAGAUCUUGUGGCAAAGAUGGAUCUACGCAAAAGUCCAGAAGAGAGAGAGAGAGAAAUCCUGACAUUUUACAAAAAUUCCAUGACUAACUGGGCCCAUCCAUUGUGUGUUUUACUUGGAGGUGAUUCUGCCUUUGGAGAUGGGGUAAAACGCCAUUUUCUCUCCUUUGUUAUGUCAAGAGUACAAUACGGAUUUGGCUUAAAUUUUGUUGAAGUAAAUAGACUUUUCGCAAGCUAUGGAGCAGAAGCCAGCAGGAGACCUUUAAGUCGCCAUAGUCGUUCUGCAAGACAUCGCAGUAGCUUCACAAGAGUUUUCUGCUGCUUAAGUAGCAUGACACAAAGUGUUGCACCAAAUAAAUAUGAAAGGGAGGAACUGGAAGCUGCAGGACUAGGAGAGAAAAAAGUUACAUUUCUUGGUGAUGAAAAUAAUGCAGAAGAUUUCAAAGACUACAUUCUAACUACAUAUCCAAAACUUGGUAACUGUGGGGGAUUCGAGAUUUUAAAAACAUCAGGCAUGACCCGAUCUAGAAAUCUGGUGGUGUUGCCUUCCCCAAACACAGGAUACACAAUUAAGACUCUAAAAGAAAAUAUGGGACACGCUGUCAUCUACAUACGUCCUAUGCAAAAAGACAUUGAACUGUCCAGUUCUGUUGUCUGUAAAUCUCCCAUGCUUGGCCCAAUGGAGAGAUGUCUUCUCUGCGAUAAAGAGUUUAAUUUCAAUGAACUUAAAGUUCACAUUGAGGGCUGCAGGCCAAGGACUGAAUGUUCCCUGCUACCAUUAUUAGAGAACGAACACCAACCACAUUCCUCAGACAGUGAUUCAUUCAUCAACCAGACAAUCGAUUUAACAGAGGAAAAAACAGACAUGGAAGCUUUAAGUGAAUGGCGGAGGAUGCGUGAGGAGCAGGAUGAGGAAUACAACCAGUCUCUGAUUGCAGAUAAAGCCAAAGAACUUCAGAAGAUAAAUACUGAAGAAUCUGAAAAUAACCGCAAAAAGGCAAUAGAUGAGAGACGAGCGCGAAUGGCGAGUUUACCUGAAUUUGCCCAUGGUGUGCCAAUAAAAGUAAAAUAUCCGAGUGGGUUAAUGAGAACCAGGAAAUUUAUUUUAACGGAAUCAAUUAAGGCACUGUUUGACUUUGUUGGAGAGGUGGAGGAUGCUACAGAAUGGUUCCAAAUUCAGGAAGCCUUAUCACCACCACUUCGAAAUGACCUAUGUGGAACAAUUUCUGAAAGAAAUAUCAGAGGGCCAACCACACUUUUUGUGCAGUGGAUUUCAUCUGAAGAUGCAGAGUUCAUGCAGACCAUUCUUACACCUGAUGACUAUGAGAACCAUGAUAAUGAUGAUUAUAAUUCUUCUGGGACUGCCAGCCAAUCGGAUCAACCUAGCACCUCUAAUGCACAUCUGACAUCGUUCUGCCCUCAAUCAGAGCAGGAAAAGACUGUUCAGAAGACCGACCUCCAAACUAUACUGAGUCGCCUUUCCGCCAAAAUAGACGAUGAGAGUCCCACUAGUAAUCAGAUCAAUAUAGUACGGGAUUACAAAGGCAAUACCCACAACAUUUUAAGAAGCACUGUUCAGGCUUUUAGUCGGCGAAGAUUUAAUCUCGGAGCAAGACUGGAUGUCGUUUUUGUUGAUGAUACAAAAGAAGCAGAGGGGGCUGUGGACGGUGGUGGUCCAACUAGAGAGUACCUCAGAUUGCUCCUUAAGGCUGUCCAACAGUCUAGCAUAUUUGCGGGCCCUGAAAAUAGCAAGAGGUUGCGGCUCGACAGUGAAGCUUUGCAUAAAGGUCUCUACAGGCAGAUAUCUCAAAUGAUAUCAGUUUGUAUAAUUCAUGGAGGAAUGGGGCCACAUUUCUUUUCAGAAAAGCUCUUUCUCCAGGUUUGUGGUAAACCCAGCAGUCCUGCAACCUUGGAUGAAGUAGAUGAUGAGACCUUUAAAGAAAUGCUUUGCAAAAUAAAAGACGCUGAAACGGUUGCAGAAGCCAAAGCUGCCAUUGAAAUGGCAGAAGAUUGCCUGUCCAUAAUUGGAGCCUUUAGAUCUAUUAGUACUCUUAAGCAGCGGGACACGCUGGUACAGUCAGCUGUGGAGUAUUAUGUUGAUGGGAGAUGCAAUGUUGCACUGCAACAGUUUGUUGAUGGUUUUAAGACCCUUGGACUUCUUCAAGAAAUGCAGACACACACAGAUCUGUUUCACAUCAUAUUUGUUGAAGACAAAAAACCCCUGAGAUCUUCAGACCUGGCAUCACUUUUUAAAGCAAACCUUUCAGAUCACGACAGCUAUAAGAGAGAGCUAGAGACCAGGACCUUGUGCUUCUGGAGAGACUGGAUCAUUGAUGUUGAGGAUGAAGAAUGUGCACCACUGACAUUGGAGAAUGUGCUGGAGUUUGCUUCAGGGUCUUCAGUCAUUCCACCCCAUGGCUUUCUGCAGCAGCCCCAAAUCGAAUUUCUGCACGACGCACCAGAGAAAAUAUUUCCAGAGGCAAACACAUGUAACAUUGUUUUAAAAUUACCCAUCCAUUAUAAUUACGAGUCUUUCAAGACAAACAUGAGCAACGGCAUACUGUGGGCACCAACAUUUGGAGUAGCGUAGUGUAACACAUGAGCAUUAAAGGGAUGUACAAAGGGAUUUACUCCAGACCAUCCAUUUAAAGGAAUUGUUAAACCAUAAAUAAAAUUUACCUCUUCAUUUACUCACCUUCAGUCCAACCUAGUUGUACAACAUCUUCAUUUCCUCAGCCAAACAUUAGUGGAGAAACAUUUAACUAAAUCCUAGAAUUUCAUAUUGAAUUGUGAUCAACAGUAUCAUUACAAAGCUAUGAACAGAAUUGUAUUUAUUAUUACUCCAUUUGUGUUUGGUUAAAGAAAGUAAGAUGUCAUACACUCUUGAGUAAGAUGAACUACCACCUUAUGAUGAGUGCAUCUCAUAAGGGUUGAGUUUAAAUACAUUGUUGUUUGAAAAUAAUAUGAUUGUUUUUUUGACAAUGAAAUGUUACAGUUGUUAGGGCAUUUUAUCAUUCAGGGAUGUUUUAUUUUACAACAUGAAAUGUAACAGUUUCGCUGGUUUAUUGACAAUGGCAAUGCACUAGAACCAUUUAGGUUCGUACAACAGGAUUUUUUCAUUGCUAAAAGCAGUAGCAAAAAAAAAAGUUUGUAAACAUUGACACCAAUUAAUAAUUGACAAUUGAUGCAUGACAGUUAAAGGCUUUUUGUGACUUAAGCUUAUUCCCCGUAUCCCCCAGAGUUAGAUGAGUCCAUACAUACCCUUCUC